AUCAUUGUUGUUCAUGCCAUAUCUGGAUCCACUCUAAUCUCUCUUUCCUUUUUCAUCUCUCUCUCUCUCUCUAUAUAUAUAUAUAUUCAGAUACCAUCUGCAGGUAGGGGUUCCUAUGGCUCUUUGGGUCUAGUUUCUGGUUUAUCCUUCAAAUUGCUGAUCUGACAUUAUGUUACGAGGGGAAACAAUACGAUUUAUCCAAACAUUGUAUUCAUCAAACAAUACAGUACAAUACGAUACAAUACUAUUCAUUAUGAAGCAAUAUGUGACAACCAUCCAAACAACCCCGCUACUUUAAAGAAUUUCUCUUUUUCGGAGAGAUAGAUAGAUAGAUAGAUAGAGAGAGAGAGAGAGAGAGAGAGAGAGAGAGAGAGAGGGGUGGGGUGAUGCUUCCAUUAAAGCUAGUACGCUCGUUGGUUUCAGGAGAUGCCAUUGCCAAUCCCACCCGCCUUGUUAGCCUACCCUUUCAUCAGAGUGAUCACACUGACCAUGAGAGAAAGUUUGAUGAAAACAUAGCCCUAAGCAGCAUGUCUAGCACAGAAAAGAUCGCUUUGAUGCUCUUUGUUCCUACCAGGGAAUUGGUGAAAGAUUCAUAUAGACUGGCCACAUUAGCUAGAGAUAUUGGAAUGGAUCUUUUCCCAAACCCAUCUCUUUCGCACAUCAUCUUCUCAUGGCCAAACACACACACAAACUCCAAUUCUUCAUCUCCAUCUGUGUCUUUGUCUUGGUCAUCGGCUUCCCUCUUAUCAAACGAUGCUGCUCCGCUUCCCUUUCCAUCUCUCGCCACUGCGUCUCUGUCCAACUUGCGCCUCUUCGCUAAUCUCUCAAAGGGCUUUUUCAAGUUGGUUUUCUUGAAAUCUAAUCACAACCCAUUUCACGAUAUCAGUAGUUAUUCGAGCAACAAUAAUUGGGAUGUCACAACCCUUUCGUUGGUUUCGAAGAACACUGGGGUUAGAAUUGAUUCUAUGGAUCGGUUUUCCAAGUCUUUGCUUGGAGUAGGUUGGACACUAUUUAAGACUAAGACGAGCAGUGAUUCUAGGGAUAAGCAUUCAGUUGUAUAUCUGUAUAAGAAGCUAGAUUUAAAUAGAGUUCAUUUUAGAUGGCCAUAUGAAAACGAAACUGGGAUUUGUUCAAGUCCGAGUCCAAGUCCGAGUCCGAGUCCGGGUGAAUCUUGUAGGGUUAGAGAAUUGAGGCUGCCCCAAUUGGACUUCAAAAAUGCACCUUUGAGGAUUUUGCAGUACAUUCUUCUGAUGACUGAUGACGUCUUCUAUCUUACAUAG